AUGGCAACAGAAUCGUGGGAGCGCGCCAAGACGUGCAUUGGGUGUGGGCAAAUCAAGGAAGCGCGCGACUUCGGUGUCAAUCGCAGCAAGAAAGAUUGCUUGAGCAAGUAUUGCCGCGGGUGUGUAUCUGCGCACCAGGCAGCGAAGCGCGACAGGGAGCCAACUGACGAACCUCAAAAGUGCUGGCAGUGUGGGCUUGUCAAGCCAGCAACUGAAUUUCAUGCAAACAAGAAGAGCCCGACAGGGCGGCGCAGGGAGUGCAGCCAGUGCGUGAACGAGGUGACAAGAGAGUUGAAUGCACGGCGGCGGGAGUCUAAGGAUGGGGCGUUUGUGAGGAGCAAAAAGCGAUGCACGGCCUGUGGUGAGGAGAAGGCGGCCGAGCACUAUCAUCGGCGCAAGGGCCCGGCCGAUGGCCUCUCGUACAUGUGCAAGCCGUGUACGACCGCAUACUUUGCGCGGUGGAAGGAGCAAAGACGGGCAGCAGCCAAAGCUCUGGCUGAAGUUGAGGUUAAAAAUAAUCCAGACGUGCUUGAAGAAAAGAAGGCAUAGAGAACGGAUGAGGCAAUCAGAUGGGCGGGGGGUGCGGAAAAAGAGAAGGAGAGGUGAGAAACCAGGGGGAUGCGCCG